CGCCACGCGGGCGGAGGGGCGGUGCAUGGGGCACGCGGAGCGCGACCGCCGGCUGCGCCCAGGAGCUGGAGGAGGGGGCGCAUGUGGGGUCUCCGCUCGCUGCUGGGGCUGCGGUGCGCGGCCGGGCGCGCCAUGUCUCAGGGGCCGACUCGCCGGCCGCGGCCGCCCAAGGACCCGCUGCGGCACCUGCGCACGCGGGAGAAGCGCGGCCCGUCGUGGGUGCCUGGGGGCCCGAACACCGUGUACCUGCAGGUGGUGGCGGCCGGCGGCCGGGAUGCAGGCGCUGCGCUCUACGUCUUCUCCGAGUUCAACCGGUAUCUCUUCAACUGCGGGGAAGGCAUCCAGCGACUCAUGCAGGAGCACAAGCUGAAGGUGUCUCGUUUGGACAACAUAUUCCUGACCCGAAUGCACUGGUCUAAUGUUGGAGGGCUGUGUGGAAUGAUUCUUACUUUAAAGGAAACCGGGGUUCCAAAGUGUGUGCUCUCUGGACCUCCACAACUGGAAAAGUACCUGGAAGCUAUCAAAAUAUUUUCUGGUCCACUGAAAGGAAUAGACCUGGCGGUGCGACCCCACUCCGCGCCGGAAUACCAGGACGAGACCAUGACCGUCUUCCAGGUCCCCGUCUACAGUGAACAGGUGAAUGGGAAGCAGCAGCCAGCACAGAGUGCAGAGAGGCCGAGUCCAGAGCCGUCUCCAGACCCGGGACCGGCAGAAGGGGAGCAGUACCUGGCGGAUGGUGUUGGCCAGAAAACGCACGGCAGGGACCCCUCCUUGGUCGUAGCUUUUGUCUGUAAGCUCCACAUGAAGAAGGGAAACUUCUUAGUACUCAAAGCGAAGGAGCUGGGCCUCCCAGUCGGAACAGCUGCCAUUGCGCCCAUCAUUGCUGCUGUCAAGGACGGGAAAAGCAUCACAUUCGAAGGAAGAGAGAUUUUGCCUGAAGAGAUCUGCACCGCCCCAGACCCCAGGGUCACUUUCGUUGUGGUAGAAUGUCCAGAGGAAGGAUUCAUUCAGCCCCUCUGUGAGAAUGCCACCUUCAGGAGUUUCCAAGGAAAAGCCGAAGCCCCCGUGGCCCUGGUGGUCCACAUGACCCCAGAGCACGUGCUCCUGGACAGCAGAUAUCAGCAGUGGAUGGAGAGGUUCGGGCCCGACACCCAGCACCUGGUCCUGAACGAGCACUGUGAGUCGGUCCACAACCUCCGCAGCCACAAGAUCCAGACGCAGCUCGGCCUCAUCCACCCCGGCAUCUUCCCCCCACUCGCCAGCCUCCGCCCCCAGGUAGUGGCUCAGCUUGGCCCGCUGCCCACCCCGCAGGCAGCUGCCCCCCGCGGACCGCGGCUCCUUCUCUUGCAGGAAGGAGGGCUUGCCUCCUGCGUGCCCCUGGUCCGCGGCCAGUGUCUCCUCAAGUACCAGCUCCGGCCCCGGCGCGAGUGGCAGAGGGAUGCCAUCAUGACCUGCGACCCUGAGGAAUUCAUUGCUGAGGCCCUGGAGCUGCCCAAUUUCCAGGAGAGCGUGCAGGAGUACAGGAAGACUGUGCAGGACGGCCCGGCCCCGGCGGAGAAGAGAAGCCGGUAUCCGGAAGUGGUCUUCCUCGGAACGGGGUCCGCGAUCCCCAUGAAGAUCCGGAACGUCAGCUCCACUCUCAUCAACAUCAGCUCCGACGUGUCCCUGCUGCUGGACUGCGGGGAGGGCACCUUCGGGCAGCUGUGCCGCCACUACGGGGACGAAGUAGACCAGCUCCUGGGCACCCUCGCCGCCGUGUUCGUGUCCCACCUGCAUGCGGACCACCACACGGGCUUGUUGAACAUCCUGCUGCAGAGGGAGCGGGCUCUGGUGUCGCUGGGGAAGCCGUGCCACCCGCUGCUCGUAGUGGCCCCCACGCAGCUGCGGGCCUGGCUCCAGCAGUACCACACCCAGUGCCAGCCGCUGCUGCACCACGUCAGUAUUAUUCCUGCCAAAUGCCUUCAGAAGGGAGCUGAGGUCUCCAACCCCAAAGUGGAAAGGUUGAUUAGUUUGCUGCUGGAAACCUGUGGCUUGGAGGAGUUUCAGACCUGCCUGGUCCGGCACUGCAAGCACGCCUUCGGCUGCGCGCUGGUCCACACGUCCGGCUGGAAGGUGGUCUAUUCGGGGGACACCAUGCCCUGUGAGGCUCUGGUCCAGAUGGGGAAGGACGCCACCCUCCUGAUCCACGAGGCCACCUUGGAAGAUGGCCUGGAAGAGGAAGCCAUGGAAAAGACACACAGCACCACAUCCCAGGCCAUCGGCGUGGGGAUGCGGAUGAACGCAGGGUUCAUCGUGUUGAACCACUUCAGCCAGCGCUAUGCCAAGAUCCCGCUCUUCAGCCCCGACUUCAACGAGAAAGUCGGCAUCGCCUUCGACCACAUGAAGGUCAGCUUGGGGGACCUCCCAACAGUGCCCAAGCUGAUGACGCCGCUGAAGGCCCUGUUCGCCGGGGACCUGGAGGAGAUGGCGGAGCGGCGGGAGCGGAGGGAGCUGCGGCAGGUGCGGGCGGCCCUGCUCGCUGGUGGGGACGCGGAGCCCCUGCGGAAACGGGCCCCUGACGAGCAGCCCCCGAGCCCGCAGAGCAAGAAGGUCAGGGCCCAGUAGCGACGCGGCGCUGCGGAGCCGCUGCGCGCUGGAGGAGAGGAGGCCGUCGUCGGCUCCGUGCACGCUGCGUCUUCGGUCUGUCACGUGCAGUCAGGGCGCGCCCCCCGCUGCGGCCCAGCCGUCCCCUCUACCCGGAGGCAGCCGGGCCUCAGAAGCGCGGGGCUGUGGACGCAAAGCCUCCAGGAAAAGCGUCUCCAAGGACGGAACACAGUGAAGGUCGCGUUUGGAACCCGAGUGCUUUGUCCCUGUGCCACCACUGGGGACCCAGGUGCCUGGAAACAGUUUGAUCGUGGCGAGGCCCUUUGGGACCUGCCCCCAGGGAGACACCACACCUCAGCAGCCUGGUUUUUUGGCAGAAGUCAAGUUGUGCAGACUCACAGCCGUGGUAGGCCGGGCCCGGCCGUGCAGGGGCUCCGGGGAAACGCAAGCCUUCCCAUUGUUCCGGCGAAAGAGGAGGCCGGUUCCUUGCUUGCCCCUGACGAGAACCACUCACCGCCCUACAGAGUGCUGAGAAAUACCGCAUGGGGUGGCUCCAGUGCCCUCCUUUUUGAGGAUGAACAACACUGAGGUUAGUGUUUGUUUGUUUGAAAAGUGAGAGAAUUUUUAAAAGAAAGAUGCCUCUAGCAUUUGCAUAUUCUUCCCUCCCGGGAGACUAGAGAAGGAGCUUGAAAGUUUCAGGUGCUGGGAGACGCAGACUAAGGACUUGCUGUGACCUCGGGGUCCCUCCCGAGGCAGCGCCUGGCAUCAACUCCCGUGGCCCCUUGAGCUUGUUAUUAAAACAAGAUAGGCCACACUCAGGGAUAAUAAAUCUAUUUUAAUACCAUUA